CCAGACGCUACAGGUAUCGCGCGUGUUAGGUGUGGUGGUGAACUCGUGACUCCCUGCAACAAUGGCUUCCUUCCUGGUGAGGUCCGGCGUGCGGGCGGUGUUGGAGGCGGCGGCGUCGGCGGGCGUCGUGACGCCCAGGCGUCUGGUGGUGGAGCAGCAGCGCCUCUUCAGCAAGAGCUUCCCGGCGCGGCUGUACCGGAAGGAGGCGGCUGGCCGGCCCAGCGCCUUAGAGCGCCACCUCUCAGACUCGGAGUCCGACAGCGACUCCGAUGACGAGCACCGGCCCAGGGAAAAGGGUAACACAGAAUUUUGGCGAAGAAAAAUUCGGACGUUUCAUGGACUCAUUGAUUUGAAUCAUGAUGGUGUAGUAUCAAUGGAUGACUUUAAUAUUUUGGCAGACAGAUUCAUUAACCUGGGGCAUCUGACAAAGAAACAGGAAGAAGAGUUCAGAGCAGCUCUUCAGGUGGUGUGGGAAGAGCAAUGGGGUAUUGCACACCCAUAUAACUUGGUUACCACAGAACAAUAUUUGGAGAAUAUGCAUCAUGUGAUCAAUGACAAGUCUCUUAAAAGGAAAUCACAUCAUUUUCUUUCGCAUCUCUUCAAGGCUAUUGACAAGGACAAGAGUGGUGACAUAUCUGUUGAAGAAUUCAAAUUGUUCUUUCAGUGCUUGAACCUAGGACCAGAGAAAGCAAUUGAGAGCUUCACUGCUAUUGAUCUGAACCAUGAUGGACAUCUUAGUGAUGAGGAAUUUAUUAGGCUUGGAAGAGAGUAUUUUAUCACAGAAGAUGAGUCAAAGCCAAGUAAAUACUUCUGGGGUCCUCUCAUCAAGCCUUAAUAUGCUGAAAUAUCUGGCAAGAACUGAUAAUGAUGGUUGUAAUAACUUUAAUAAUGCAAACCUGAACAUUCGACAAGCUUGUCAUUGACGAAUGUACUUUUGUCAUGCUGAGUUUUUAUUCAGCUAAUAAUAGAGAGAAGUUACUGUUGCCUUGUGACAACAAAUAUGACACCAGAAAAUUACUACAUUCUAGAGGCAGAGUAAAGUGAAGAGACUGUGAUCUUCACACUGUGGGAUAUAUGUUAAAAUAUAGGAUAAUGUUUUAUAGUGUAAUGAACUACAGAGUAACUAACUUUUAGUUGUUUAAUUUCAAGACGCUGUUCAGCAAUGAAUUCAGAAGGAUAUUACAUUCUCCAAAUUUAGGGAUAAGAAAAUUACACAACAUUUUUUUCUGAAAACGUAAUUGGAUCAUCAGAGACUAAGGAAUAAAAACUGUUCAGAGCAUCAAUUACAUCUUAUUCAGAAAAUUUGUUGAAAUAGUGUGACUGCCAUUAUAAAUUUUCUGUCAUUACCAAAGUAAAAGUCUCAACCAGAUCCGUAUAUAUCAAAUGUAUUUUCUGAUAUAAUCUAUAAAAUUAUGUUUGAUAAAGAAAUUGUGUUAAUCAGGAUAUUCUAACUGCAUAAUUCACAUGCAAUAUAUUAAUGAUAUGGACAAUACUAAGUGAUGUUACAAAUUUUAUUUUAAUGUGAAGGUGGUGCAGGACUUCUAAUAAUAGUGUGUAAUUAUUAUGAUAGUGGACAAUUUUGGAUGGGCUGAAAUUAUGAUUGAAGGAAUAGACCUUAAAGAUAAAGUGAUGAAUGAUGAACAGGCACAUUAAAAAGGAAGUGAGUAAUGCAGAGCAGUGUAAAUUUCAUAAACCAGCAAUAUUCACAUAUUUGUAAUGUCUGUCUCUCAUUUGAAAAGAGGAAUGAUUCAUCUUCUCAGUCAUUAUUAAGUACAUACAUUAAUGUGUGUUUGAAGACAGGUGAGGCAUUUUUGGGUUACUGGAUGAUUGGCUGUGGUGAAUUAAGGUAUGUUAUACCUUAAUAUUUAAUGAGCUGUAUUCACUGCCAUUUGCAUUUAAGUGCAAAGUGAUCAUUUAUGUCAAAGUGGACACCAUCUCUAAUAUUUGGUAAAGAGAUUGUCCUGCACUCACAGCUUAACUCUUUUAGUUUGAUCUGUUAGGGUGGGCAGUCAUUUCCCAUCUAAGGCUUUUAGACACUUUAUGUGUGUAAUACUUUUUGAGUGAAUCAUCACCUUGUAUUGCAGUAAUUAAAAAGAGAUAUUUACACAGAAGCUGAAGCUGUUGAUAAGCAAAACCAACAUUUUAUAUUCAGUUUUAAAUAUUUUAUGUCUUGAGUAAAAUACAGUAAGCAACAUAUUACGUGGAAAAAAAAUCUGUCUUCCAGUAUAU